CACAAUAGCAGCACGUGAAGACCCAGCCUGGAGUUCAAGGCUGGAAUCUUGAGAGCUCGGAUCAGAGGCCUAAAGUUAUACAGCUCUCGUAACAAGUUAGACCAGCGGUGAGAGAUUUAUAGGAAGAAAAACCCCAACUGGAAGCAAACCACUUCUGAAGACGAGGGAACAACAGCAAGUGAACCAGCUCAAGGAUUGAGAGCAUCAACUGGAUAGGACCCAUCUGACUCAGAGCUUCCAGUGAUUCAGUCAGGAGAAAGUUUGGUUAAAAAUGACAAGGAGUUUGUCUGCUGGAAUCUUGAACACAACACGCCAGUUUUGCUGUCUCUGUCCAGAUAUUUAAGAAGUGGAGGAAGGGAAUCACUCGAUCAUCUGACCGAUUGGCAUGCCCGUCAUUUUACACAGGAGGAACCCAUUCAUCUGAUCAGACGGUGGGAAUUGAUUCAGUCGGUCAUUUCAACUAUAGGUACAUCAGCAAGUUCACACUGGGACAAGGCCAUUCAUCUGUUUUGUGUGUGAGAAGAGAUUCAUUCGGUCUUCCCACUUGUGGACACACCAGUCAGUUCACACUGGGCAGAGGCUGGUCAUCUGCUGAAUUUGUGGGGAAGGAUUCACUCGGUCAUCUGAGUUAAUGGCUCACCAGCGAGUUCACACUGAGGAGCGGCCGUUCACCUGCUUGGACUGCGGGAAGGGAUUCACUUGCUCAUCUAAGCUGAAGGUACAUCAGCGUGUUCACACUGGGGAGAGACCAUUCACCUGCUCAGACUGUGGGAAGGGAUUCAGUCAGUCAUUUCACCUCAGAAGGCACCAGUCAGUUCACACAGGGGAGAGGCCAUUCACCUGCUCAGACUGUGGGAAGGGAUUCACUUGCUCAUCGAAACUGAAGGAACAUCAGCGAUUUCACACUGGAGAGAGGCCAUUCACCUGCUCAGACUGCGGGAAGGGAUUCACUCAAUCAUCCAACCUACUGGCACACAAGUCACUUCACACUGGGGAGAGUCCGUUCACCUGCUCAGACUGUGGGAAGGGAUUCAAUUGCUCUUCUAAGCUGAAGGUACAUCAGCGAGUUCACACCAGAGAGAGGCCAUUCACCUGCUCAGACUGUGGGAAAGGAUUCACUCAGUCAUCCCAACUGGAGGUACAUCAGCGAGUUCACACUGGGGAGAGGCCAUUCACCUGCUCAGACUGUGGGAAGGGAUUCACUCAGUCAUCUAAACUGAAGGUACAUCAGCGAGUUCACACUGGAGAGAGGCCAUUCACCUGCUCAGAAUGCGGGAAGGGAUUCACUCAGUUGGGCAACCUACUAGGACACAAGUCAGUUCACACUGGAGAGAGGCCAUUCACCUGCUCAGACUGCGGGAAGGGAUUCAUUUGCUCAUCCCAACUGAAGGUACAUCAGCGAGUUCACACUGGAGAGAGGCCAUUCACCUGCUCAGACUGUGGAAAGGGAUUCAUUUGCUCAUCCCAACUGAAGGUACAUCAGCGAGUUCACACUGGAGAGAGGCCGUUCACCUGCUCGGACUGUGGGAAGGGAUUCACUUCGUCAUCCGACCUGAAGGUACAUCAGCGAGUUCACACUGGGGAGAGGCCGUUCACCUGCUCAGACUGUGGGAAGGCAUUCACUUCGUCAUCUAACCUGAAGGUACAUCAGCGAGUUCACACUGGCAAGAGGCCAUUCACCUGCUCAGACUGUGGGAAGGGAUUCACUUGCUCAUCCGAACUGAAGGUACAUCAGCGAGUUCACACUGGGGAGAGGCCGUUCACCUGCUCAGACUGUGGGAAGGGAUUCACUUGGUCAUCUAACCUGAAAGUACAUCAGCGAGUUCACACUGGUGAGAAGCCAUUCACCUGUUCAGACUGUGGGAAGGGAUUCACUUUGUCAUCUCAGUUACUGAGACACCAGUCAGUUCACACUGGGGAGAGGCCAUUCACUUGCUUGGACUGUGGCAAGGGAUUCACUUGCUCAUCUAAACUGAAGGUACAUCAGAGAGUUCACACUGGAGAGAGGCCAUUCACUUGCUCAGACUGUGGGAAGGGAUUUACUAAUCGGUCAUCUGACAUAAUGGCUCACCAGCGAGUUCACACUGAGGAGAAACCGUUCUCCUGCUCAGACUGUGGGAAGGGAUUCACUAAAUCAUCUCAGCUACUGAGACACCAGUCAGUUCACACUGGAGAGAGGCCGUUCACCUGCUCAGACUGUGGGAAGAGAUUCACUCGUUCAUCCACCCUACAGAGACACCAGCGAGUUCACACUGGGGAGAGGCCGUUCACCUGCUUAGACUGUGGAAAGGGAUUCACUCAGUCAUCCACCCUAUUGGCACACCAGUCAGUUCACAGUGGGGAGUGGCCAUUCACCUGCUCACACUGUGGGAAGGGAUUCACUCGGUCAUCUGCUCUGCUGACACACCAGCGAGUUCACAAUGGGGUGUGGCCAUUCACCUGCUCAGACUGUGGGAAGGGAUUCACUCGGUCAUCUCAUCUACAGAGACACCAGCGAGUUCACACUGGGGACAAACCGUUCACCUGUUCAGACUGUGGGAAGGGAUUCUCUCAGUUAUCCUCCCUACAGAGUCACCAGCGAGUUCACACUGGGGAGAAGCCGUUUACCUGCUCAGACUGUGGAAAGGCAUUCACUCACUCUUCCACCCUUUUGGCACACCAGCGAGUUCACACUGGGGAGAGGCCGUUCACCUGUAGUGAAUGUGGGAAAGGAUUCACUCGGUCAUCUCAUCUACAGAUACACCAACGAGUUCAUACUGGGGAGAGGCCGUUCACCUGCUGUGAAUGUGGGAAGGGAUUCGCUCGGUCAUCUCAUCUACAGAUACACCAGCGAGUUCACACUGGGGAGAGGCCGUUCACCUGCUUUGAAUGUGGGAAGGCAUUCACACGAUCAUCUCACCUACUGAAACACCAGCAAGUUCACACUGGGUAGAGGCCGAUCACCUGCUCAGACAUUGGGAAGAGAUUCUCUCAGCCAUCUCCACCAAAUGUGCAUCAUUGAGUUCACACUGGGGAGAGGCCGUUCACCUGCUGUGAAUGUGGGAAGGGAUUUACUCAGUCAUCUAAGCUUGUGACACACUACUGGGAUCACACUGGGGAGAAAGUUUCAGUAAGCUGCAUUCUGGAUAUUUGUCCAUCACCGUUGCUGAAUGCAAUUUUGAGAGUGACUGUCGGUGCUGAACUCUGCAAAUAUUGCUGCUGCUCACCACACCCAGUUCUGCACCCUGAUCACUGGGCAUGGGAGGAGUUUUUUCUGCUGCAUAUUCACCUUUAAUGGGACUGGAGUUUAAUAUUCUGGAUCUGAGACAAAUAAAUCAGUUCUAUUUUAAACUCUGUCUCCGGUACUUAGUGAAUUUAUAACACACCUAGUGUACAGUAGAGAGUCAACUCAGGCCAGCUGGACCCUGCCAGUGAUUCUGUUCCACGACAGUCCUUUUAAAUCCUCCCCUGUUUCCCUUUUGCUCUCCCUGUGGUGAUGGGUUCCACACAGUCACCACGCUGCAGGUGAAGAGGUUUCCCUUGAAUUUUCUGCAGACUGAAGAAGUGGAGCUGACUGCAGUUCUGUCUGAGAUGUUCUUCGCCCCUCAAAUCUCUGGACUGAGGAAAAAUGACAUUGAUAGUUAACCUCCUUAAUUAUGACUCAUUUCCACAUAAUAGGUCAUUUUCUCUGCUUCUAAAGGGUUGUUUGAAAACACCACUGUCCUAAAGACUGAAAGCAGAAAUGGUUUUAUCAAUUGAACGAGUUGUUCCUGCUUGUUUACCCUUUAAUAUGAUAUCCGGAUGGUUAUUAUGGAUUGUCCUAUCUGAAAUAAUGUAUUGAUUAUCAUAUAAUUUGUAAGAUUUUGACUGAAAAAUUGGAUCAGGCUUAAAUUUAUGGUGCCUUUAUGAAGUGAUGGAGGACAUUCAUGAGUUUGUAUUUCAAAGCAAGAUUUUGGUGAAUGAUAUUUGCCACUUGAUUGUAACUUUGUAAAUAAUCAGAUUGAGUUAAACGACUCCAGGAUCCUGGAAUGUGUUGCAUUGUGUCUGGUUUCUCUUGGCAUUUUCUGCACUUACUGCCUUGUUUGUGUUUCAUGUAUUUUCAAUUUUUUUUCCUUUUGUUAACCACCUUGUCCUGUAUUUCUGCAAGGAACCCCUCUGUUUCUGGGAAGAGAUCUCCAACUCUGUCAGGUGCUCGAUGCUUCCUUGUCACCAUCUCGUCUGCACAGAUCAUUGGGAUGUCUCCCAUGGAGGGCCAUACUCAUUCCACUGGUUAAUGUUUUCUGCCAGAGUGAUAAUUCAUUUUUAUGAGUUGGCCUCUCAUUUAAGUUUUCGGGUCUGUAUUUCUUAUCAUGAUUGCAUAUACAUUUUUGAUGAAAGUAUAUACUUGGAAGUUUUAACUGACUGUUGUGUGAUUUAUUUUCAUGUGUGUUAUUUCUCUUCCUCCUUUUGUCCAAGUUAGUCCAAGGUAGGGGUUGAACGUAAAUAGUAUUUUCUAAAGUUUUCUGAAGUUCUUAUUUAUCUUUGUAAAUUUUACUGAUUUAAAUGGGACCAAGUUAUUUUUAUAAAAAAAAGUCAAUAUCGGUAUUGAUGAAAGUUUUUAUUGCCUUUGUUCUAUUUGCUAACUAUUGAGUUCUG